GUUGUCAGUGGUUUGAGGUUCUGUUCUAAAGCAGCCUAAACAUCCCUUUAAAGUGUCUUUCAAAUUAAAAAAACUGUUUCAAAAUGAGCACAGUUGAUUUUAACUUAAAGUCCCUAGUCGGGGCUCUGUCUACCAUCGAAGCCUCCACGGAAACUGUGUCGUUUGCCGGGCAAUCGUUGAAACUCAACUCUGAAGAUGAUGCGAAGCCAGUUAUAGAGGAAAUCGACAAAUGCACCUCCCUGAAGUGUUUAAACCUUGAAGGUAACACUCUUGGUGUGGAUGCCGCUAAGGGCAUUGCCAAGUCUCUGGAGAAGCAUCCGGAGUUCAAAAGAGCGCUAUGGAAAGACAUGUUUACAGGCCGAAUGAAGGACGAAAUACCCAAAGCGCUGGAAUUCUUAGGUGCCGGUUUAGUGGAGGCAGGCGCCCGUUUAACGGAGCUGGACUUGAGCGACAACGCCUUUGGCCCUAUUGGGGUGCAGGGAUUGGCCUUUUUACUGCGAAGCCCCUCCUGCUACGCCCUGGAGACGCUGAGACUGAACAACAAUGGUUUAGGCAUAACCGGGGGAAAGCUGCUGGCAGCCGCCCUUACAGACUGCUACAACAGCAGCAAGGCCCAGGGCAAGCCCUUGGCUUUGAAAGUAUUCAUUGCCGGGCGAAAUCGACUGGAAAACGAUGGGGCGAAGGCAUUGGCAGCUGUUUUCCAGAUGCUGACUACUCUGGAGGAAGUCGCCAUGCCCCAGAAUGGCAUUUACCAUGCAGGCAUCACAGCCCUUUCGCAAGCAUUUUCCCACAACAAAAACCUGAAAAUCCUGAACCUGAACGAUAACACAAUCACAGUUAAGGGAGCGCAAGCGAUUGCCAGCAUCUUGCCCAGUCUGCAGAAUUUGAAGUCGAUUAACUUUGGAGACUGCCUGCUGAAGACCGAAGGCGCCCUAUCGAUUGCCAAAGGGCUGAAGGAGGGCCAUCAGAACCUAGAAGAGCUUAUCUUGGACUGCAACGAAAUUAAGGCCGCAGGUGGGAUGGCUUUGGUGGACGCCAUGGCGGACAAAGCACAUUUAAAGCAACUUUACCUCAACGGCAACCAGUUCGGGUUUGAGGGUUCCGAGUACAUCAAGGAGCGACUGGAGGACUUUGGGCAACUUGCGGCUCUGGGCUCCUUAGAAGACAACGAAUCAGAGGACGAAUCUGACGAAGACGAGCAAUGCUCUCAGUCAGAAUCCGAAGACAGCGACGGGGGAAAAUCGUUGGAUAGCAAGGAAAUUGAGGAAGUGGAAGUGCCGAGCAGCAGUAUAUCAGUGAAGGAAUUCUUAGAGGCCCCCAAUGCCAAUAACUUCCUGGCUCUGGGAAGCAACAAGGAGCAGCUACUCCUGGAGGCAGCCCAGCAAGCCGGCCAAGCGGACCUUGAUGAUUUCGUGACAAUCAUUAUGAAAGUAACGGCUUUGAGUGACAACAACAAACCGCCAGUGGGUGAACAAGCGGCUAAAGUAGGCGAAAAACUCUACAAGGCCCUUUUUGCGUGGGCCGAACAGCACAAAUCCCUAUCAUUAGUCAACAACAGUCUUCUAGUCAAUUUGGGACUAAUCAAAGGUGAAGACCGCAAAACUAAACCGACCUGGAACUUGGCUGGGUGUUUGGCGUCGCUGAAAACGCUGUCGACGCAAAGUUUUCUUCCCGAAACCACCAGGAACACCUUAAAAGUGUUUAUGCAAAGGGAAAUGGAUAGGAACAGCGAUCAUAUCCAGCUCAAGGGGGAGAUUCUGGGACUUCUGAAAUGAGUUGGGGGUUUUAUUUGUUUUAAUUGAAACACAUUCAAUUUGUUCAUGGGAAAACUAUAGUAUAUACGAAAUCAGUCUCCAAAGUACAAACGUGUAGUUGAAUGUGAUUAUUUUUAUAUAAAAUGGCGAACUUUGUAAAAAAUACUAAGUAAACUAGUAAAACUUG